UUCAAAUUGGAAUCGCUUUAAACAUGUCGCCAAACAAUCGAAGGCCGAUUUAGCGAAGAAGCAAAAAAUCGUCGAAGACAAAACUUUUGGUUUGAAGAACAAGAAAAAGAGCAAAAAUCUGCAGAAAUAUGUUCAAAGUCUCCAACAAUCAGUUCAGCCGAAACCUGACCCCAGCAAAAUUGCCGCCAAGAAAAAGGAGGAGGAAGGGAAAGCAAGAGAUAAAGAGUUGAAUGAUUUGUUCAAGAUUGCUGUUAGUCAGCCAAAAGUACCAGUUGGUGUGGAUCCAAAGUCAAUAGUAUGUGAGUUUUUCAAGGUGGGACAAUGUCAAAAAGGUUUCAAAUGCAAGUUCUCACAUGAUCUGAAUGUUCAAAGGAAGGGUGAAAAGAUUGAUAUCUUCAGCGACAAACGUGAUCAAGAAACAAUGGAGGAUUGGGAUCAAGAGACACUAGAGAAGGUUGUUGAGUCAAAGAAGAGUGAGUAUAACCAUAAUAAACCAACUGAGAUUGUUUGCAAAUACUUCUUGGGAGCACUGGAAAAGAAGCAGUAUGGUUGGUUCUGGGUUUGUCCAAAUGGUGGCAAAGAUUGUCACUGUAGACAUGCUCUUCCUCCUCGAUACGUCUUAAAAUCUCAGAUUAAGGCAUUACUAGAUGAAGGGACUGAGAAGAUUGCUGUUGAAGAUGAGAUUGAAAAUCAGUGUGCAAAAUUAACGGUAUCAACCCCAAUGACUCCUGAGCUAUUUAUGCAAUGGAAGAAGAAAGAGAAGAAGGCUGGGCUGCAGAACGAGCAGACAGAGCUAAGAAUGAUAGGACGAGCAGUCAUGAGUUGUUUCUCUUGGAUUCAAGCUUGUUUGUGGAUGAUGUUGAGGCAUAUGAAAAAUACCAGAGAGAUGAAGAAACAGAGAGUGCUGAAAAUAAGGUUAAAGGAUGGAUCAGCAGGACCAAGCACUUCCUCUACAGCAGUGACAAAUUCUGAAGAGAUCCUUCCUGAUGACGAUGAUGACGAUGACCUUGACAUGGAUGAGCUAAAUGAAAUAGAAGCAAUUUAAAUUGAGCCAGGUAUCAAAGCUUCAUUGUACACGAGCCAAGUGUGAGAGAGAGAGAUCAUUGUGGCAAUCCACCGUGAUCUAAUGAGGGGACAAUUGGUUAUGUAAUCGGCUGCUAAAUCAACCGUUCUGAUCCAGACAAUAUUCGUUAUGUGCACUAGUUUCUUUUUUUUUUCCUUUUUGUUACUUGAAAUGUGAUUGUUUACCUUACGGCUGGGCUUUUAUUCGUUGCCUUGCCUGAUCAUUAGUAAGUGACAUUCAGCUUGGAUAUUUUUCUCAGUUCAUUUUCAGUCGUUGUUGAAUUUAAACAAUAAAUGCGUCUGAAAAAAUUUGUGU